AUGUGGUGGCCAGAACAUGCGGAGAUUUCGAAGCGGCAAGCUUUUGUUCUCGCAUCAUGUCCAUUACGAACUUAUAGGAAAGAGCAGCAACGUCGGCAGGCGGACCGGGAGCUGGGUGCUCGGCUCGGUCAAUUGAUGUCUACUUUAUUCCAUAAUAGAGCCCUUGGACUAAGUGGAAAUCGUCUCGACCGGUCCAGAGUAGCCUACUCAUGCAAGAAUAUGAAAGGACUGACAAAAAAACAAAUAAAAUUUUGUCGAAAAAAUCCCGACAUGAUGGAAAGUGUUCGUUAUGGAGCCCAGAACGCCUACGCCGAAUGUCAGUACCAGUUUAACAAGCGAAGAUGGAACUGCACUCUGAUCGAUCCGGUGACUCUGCAGCUGAUCAGCGACGUGAUGAUGCGAGAAGGAACCCGAGAAUCGGCAUUCGUCCACGCCGUCUCGGCUGCAGGCGUUGCUUACAGGGUGACACGAGAUUGUGCACGAGGCUUAAACGAGCGCUGUGGAUGUGAUCAGUCUGGCGUCAGUCUCGAUCCGCAUGUGCGGAACUACGACUACCAGGGCUGCUCGGACAACGUGCAGUACGGGAUUGCGAUAUCGCGCGAGUUCGUGGACGCUGCCGAACGGGGUAGAAAUGCCAGUCAGCGUUCUAUCCUCAAUCUGCACAACAACAGGGCAGGGCGACAAGUAUGCACUUUGCUUUACCAUUCUCAGAAAGCACAAUCGCUACCCAAAAUGCGCAGGCAUAUACCAUUCAAAAAAAGACACUCAAGAGCCCAAAAUGGAUCUCAAUAA